AUGGACAAUACCGCCAUGAACUCCUUCUUGGAGUUCGCAAUUUGUAACCGCGGCGCCGCCGCCUUCCCGCACCUCGCCGAGCCCUCCCCGUCCUUCCCGCCGUGCUCAGGUAGCCCCGCUCCGAGCUCCGAGGGUCCCUUCGGCCCUCCGGCCGCCGCCGCCCAUCUCCCCCAGCACGGCUUCCACCCUCCUUCCUCCUCCUCCUCCUCCUCCUCUUCCUCCUCCCGCUUCUCCAGCCCGGCGUACCCGGCCCAGGGUUACCAGCAGCUCUACCUGGGCCAGCAGGACGCGGACGGGCUUUUCUUCCCGGGGCCCUCGGGCUACGGCUCGGCCUCGCUGGCCGAGGGUUUCUGCGGGGCCCCGGGGCAGUUCCAGCCCGCGCUGGGCCCGGAGCCGCCCGCGGGCCCCGCGUACCUGCCCGGCCUCUACGGGGACCUCUCGGGGGCCCUGCUGGAGGAGCCGGAGCCUCCGGGACACGCCGAGCCCGGCGCCAGGGCCGGGGCAGCGCAGACCUUCGAGUGGAUGAGGGUGAAGAGGAACCCGCCCAAAACAGGCAAAACGUCGGAGCUGGGGCUGCUGGGGCCGCCCAACGCCAUCCGCACCAACUUCAGCACCAAGCAGCUGACGGAGCUGGAGAAGGAGUUCCACUUCAACAAGUACCUGACGCGGGCCCGCAGGGUGGAGAUCGCGGCCACCCUGGAGCUCAACGAGACGCAGGUGAAGAUCUGGUUCCAGAACAGGAGGAUGAAGCAGAAGAAGAGGGAGAAGGAAGGGCUGGCCCCGGGCGCUGCCUGCAGGGCGCCCAAGGACGAGGGCUCGGAUCAAUCCUCGCCUGAGGCCUCGCCCAGCUCCGGCUCCUCCUGAACCCCCCCCGAGCUGCCGGGGGUGUCCCCGAGCCCCCGCAGGACCCUCGGGGCUGUCCCCACGCGCGUCUCUCUUUAUUUAUCGCCCCUCCGCAGGCGCUGCGCUCCCAAGGAGCGAUUUCCGAAUUUCCGACUCUCAGGGACUUCUCCGCCUUUUCCCUUCCCCUCUAGGAACUGCACUUUCAACUCCAGGAAAAACAGCAAAAAAACUUUAAUUUAGUUCGCUCCCCUUUGGAAAAACGAGCGCGACGAUUUUUUUUUCUUCCCUCUCCCCCUGCCCGAUGCGUUUUUCCUCCUUGUGAGAAUGUAAAAAAAGAAAAACCACACACACACACGAAAAGUUACCGGCAUUUUUCCCCUUUCCUUUCCCUUUUAUUUCCUGAUUGUAGAGCUUGAAACGAGACCCGAGACGCCCAAGACGCUCGGGGCCUCUGCAAA